UGCAUAGUUUUCUUCUUGUGGGUUUUGUUGUGUGGCCGUUAUUUGCAAGAAAAUGGCUUCGUGUGCCAUCUCAAACACAAUUCACACCGUAACCUUCAAGACCUCGAAGAGAAUAAGUCCUUACAACGGUCUAUUUGAUUGGAACUCCGACAAAAAAGUAGACAAUCUCCGGCAGCCACAGCAACCGGUCUACCACGGGGACAUCCAAAUUCCUUUCUCUCUUUCAUUGGUAAACAAAACCUUCCUAAAAGGAAGAGAAUUGAAAUGUUGCUACAAGGCAAGCAUUGAUGGGUUUAGUGCAACAAAGUUCCACGAGCGUUGUGAUUUCAAAGGUCCAUGUGUUAUCAUAGCUUACACAAAAGACAAGUCUUUCAAGUUUGGUGGAUUUAGCCCAGAAGGCUAUAGAAGUACUGAUGAUUACUACGAUACAUUUGAUGCUUUCCUCUUCUAUUGGCUCGACGAUUGCGAUGACCCUAUCGUCCUUUCUAAGGUUGGAGGAAGUGGAGCGGCUCUAUUUGAUUAUGCACGUGGAGGGCCUCAAUUUGGAGCUGACGGGCUUCUUAUCGGACCGCCUUUAGCUCCCGUGAUGGGCGGAUUUGCGGGUCCAGAUACGAACUCGGGGAUUGGUGAUUUAAGGAUGGCUAAAUCAAGAUUGGGUUUGUCUUAUGCUAAGAGGAAAGAUGGGAAAGAAUCUAUCUUUGGAGAUGAAAAUAAGGUUAGUCUUGAUGAUGUAUUGGUCUUUUGUAGCCCUUAUAUUGCUUCUUUGUAUUAAAUCACAAAACCAAUCUCAUCAAAUUCAAAUAAAGUAUCCAAUUAUUC